AUGGAGAGCCCCGAAGCGGCUGUGUGUGCCGAACCAGCGGCCGGCCAAGGCCGGAGAGCCAGCAAGGCUUGCGAAACAUGCCGUGCGAAAAAGAUCAAAUGCGAUGAAUCGCGGCCAACAUGUCGGUACUGCAGGAAGCGCAAAUUGCCGUGUCAGUAUCGCCAGGAGAACCGGCCCGUCAGGGACCCUACGCUUUCGCUUAUCUUCGACCGGUUGAACCAGCUCCAGGACUCGGUUCAGGCUGUUGAGGGCCGAUUGAUGAAGCUGGAUGCCUCUUCUCCACGGCCUACGCGCCCGCCGACGAAAUUCGUCCAUGGAGUGCCUUCUCCGGAUUCCACAAGAGAUGACUAUAUCCGGCCGUCGACCGUCCCAGAGUCCAAUGCUGAACAGUCUGACUUGCACCGGAGGAGCCCUCAGCCAGCAUCAGACGUAUUGCGAUGGGAUUGCUGCCGGAGAUGCUUUCCACGGCUCUCCAGUAAAUACCAGGACCCGGACCGCUUCUCCAACUAUUCCGGCAUCCCAAAUUCCAAUCUCUCGAUCUCCCUCCUCUUACAGCCCGAACCGGCGGCGGAGACCGGACAGGUUUUCAGUCAUGUCCGCAACUUCCUGGACCAUGUGUACCCUUUGUAUCCGAUCGUCUGCGAGCAGGCCAUAUCCGACAUGACAACCGAGUUUAUACGCGAAGGACCGAGGACGAACAUCCAAUCGGCCCUCGUCCUGCUGAUGGUGUGUCUGGCCAAAUUGCUUGUCAGCGGGAAUCCAAGCGACGAGUUGACGGCGGAGAACGACCUGGAUGGCGCAGUGCAAAUCCUGAACUGGGUGCCGUUGGAGAAUAGCUUGGAGCAUGCACAGGCUCAGUUCCUCGCUGCAUUGUGCUUUUCGAAGUUCUCCAUGCUCUCCACGUCGGUGGCUUUUCUUCAGCGGUCGUCUGCCGUUUUAUACGAAUUUCUUCUGCGAAAGGUUCUUUCGUCCGCGCAGAUUAAACUCACCACACGAACGACCAGCGUCCGUCUGUACUGGGUAGUGCUUAACCUGGAGAGAGACUUAUGCUGGGAGACACCCCUCUACACACUUGGACCGCUGUCCCAGCUAGAAGAUCGCCUGCCACUUCCCAUGGAAUGCAUGGUUCAGAACGCUGCUUCUGCGAAUACCGCCGGUCAGUCUGAGACGUACCACUCGGCCAUCGAUGCCUGCUACCCUCUUUUCCUGGCCGAGACAAGCCUGCGACAGAUCUGCUGGCGGGUCAGCAGUGCUCCCGAGCUGCAGGAGGAUUUUGCAUCGGCCAAGGAAAGCCACGUAUACUCUCCAGGCAGCUCUUCCUCGCCGAACGCAACACUCGUCUUGCCUGUGGUCACGGAACUCAGCUCGCAGGUGUCGAGGUGGCUGGAGUGCGUGCCUGCUGCUGCAAACUGGAGCCCGAAAGCAGAACCGGGACCAGUGACCCCAUUGAGCACCCGGGUCAAGCUUCUGUACUGGAUGUGCCGUUUUAACGUUCACAAGUCUGCUCUGCGCCACGUGUCGCUGUAUAACGACUCUCUGGAAGUGGCCGAUGGGCUGACUCAAGUCCGAGCCAAGGCUGCGCUGGAGGCUGCGGCUCGCAGUCUCUACGUCUUCUGCGAGGAAAACUUUGCAGCAGACGAGGCUGUUGAUGUUGCUUGUCGUCCUGUCCACUUCUUUGAUGGUCCUGGGGGCGGAGGGAGUCAGGGCUUCAUGCCCAGACCUGACCAUUUCUCCGCACAUGUUAGUGGAAAGGUGCGCUCGGCGACUGGAUAUCCUGGUACGCCGUACCGCCGGAGGAUACAGUGA